AUAUACUUUGGUUGCAUUGUGGGAGACUUGACGCAACUGUUGGCGUUAGCUUUGGACUGACAGUUAGCAGAAGCCUUCGUCCAACAUGAAGAUACAAAUAUUUUAAUGAAAUCAUGACACAAAUUCGAGCAUUUUUACAGGUAGUAUAUUUGCCAGACUGUAUUCUGGCCGUGUGAUUGUGUCACUUGUUUGAGAACCCCGUACCAGCUACGUUAGCUAGUUAGCUUCAGCAAGCUAAUAUAAACAUUGGCACGCUAACGUAGCUACGUGGCUGGCUAACGCUACCUCAGCUCACAUCACCUUUUUUAGUGUUUCAAGUGGAAUGGAUGAGGAUUUUCUUCUCGCAAUUCGGCUUCAGGAGCAGUUUGACAAUGAAUACGAGACAUCAGCGUAUUCGUCAAACAGCUUUGAGGACAAUGGCUUCGGACAAAGCAGUAAGAAACGGAAAGUGGAGGUAGCUGGAGGGGGCAGCGAUGUUGCUCCCUACUGGAAGCCGACUGUCCGGCCCGACAGGCCGCUGUCCAUCGUGGACGCGUCCUGGGAGACGCUGGACCCAAGUCCCGAUGUCCGAGCCAUGUUUCUGGAGUUCAAUGACACAUUCUUCUGGGGGAAACUCAGCGGUGUCGAGGUUAAGUGGAGCCCAAGAAUGACACUGUGUGCUGGUGUGUGUUCUUAUGAGGGCCGAGGUGGUCUGUGUUCAAUCAGACUCAGUGAGCCUCUGCUGAAGCUUAGGCCAAGAAAAGACCUGGUGGAGACUCUCCUCCAUGAAAUGAUUCACGCGCUGCUGUUUGUGACCCAGAACAACAGAGACCGAGACGGUCAUGGCCCUGAGUUCUGCAAACACAUGAACCGGAUCAACAGUGCCAGUGGGACGAAAAUAUCUGUCUACCACAGUUUCCAUGAUGAGGUCGAUGUGUACCGGCAGCACUGGUGGAAAUGCAACGGGCCCUGUCAAAACCGCAAGCCCUAUUUUGGCUUUGUGAAGAGGGCCAUGAACCGGGCUCCAUCUGCUCAGGAUCCCUGGUGGGAGGACCACAAGAGGACGUGUGGAGGGACCUACACCAAGGUCAAGGAGCCUGAAGGAUACGGCAAAAAAGGCAAGAAGGAUGGUAAAAAGGAUGGGAGGACCUCCGAGAAGAAGGCCUCAGAGAAGAAGGACUCAGGAAAUGGAAAGCCUUCAAGUACAACUACAGGUUCUGGCUCACAGGACAUAAGGAACAUGAUCCCAUUCAGUGGCAAAGGAUUCCUACUCGGAGGCACGUCGCAGUCCUCCGCGUCUUCCUCCCCAUCUCACGCACCAGAAGUGCCUUCCUCUCCAAAGAAACCCUUCACCCCUUCAUCUCCGGCUAAAACUCUCCAUUCUCCCGUUCGCUCAGGCCUUAAUAACCGAGGAAUCUCUAGCGCCUUUCCCUCCGUCAGACCAGCUACCUCCAUGGGCCAGAAGCAACCUGCGAAGAGGUCCGUCGGUAACACAAGAGCUUUCGUCAACAUCAACGGCUCGCCAGUGAGAAUCCCCAAACCGCACAGCAGCAGCAGCCGUAGCCAAGAAGCAGAUAAAACCAAGCAGAAGUCCAUCGAAGAGCUCUUCAACAGCUUCAGCAGGGCAGCGAGUCAGUCCUCCACCUCAGACCCAGAAACUAAAAGAGAUUCACGGACAUCACCGAACAGGACGACGAGCGCUGCCGCUGCGUCUUCCGUCUUUCGGAAACCGCAAAAUAACCACCCAGCCUCCUCUUCCUCGCCCAGAACAUCUAUGCCUAGUCCUAGUGAAUCCAGCCAUGCUGUGGUUUCAACAGGAACCAAAGGAAGCCCUGCUAAACCAACACUGUCCACGUAUUUCGGUCAUUCUAACAGUGACGGUACAUCAGGAGCUGCCGGUGGGGGUCCGGUAUCGAGGAAGAGGCCGUGGGACGACAGCAGCAGCUCGUCCAGCAUCAUUGACUUCUUCCAGAAGACAUUAGGCAGCGAUUCAGCAGCAUCGAAGGGGUCGGUGGAGACAAAAUUGCCCGCAAUGCAGCAAAGGUACGCAGCUGCCACCGCCUCGUCUUUAUCCUCCUCUUCAUCCUCCCUCCAUUCUUCAGCAGGGCUGAAUAGUUUUACCCCCUCCUCUUCCUCGUCUUCCUCCUCGGCGCUGAUGGUCAGCUGUCCUGCGUGCCAAGCAAAGGUGCAGGAGUCAAAGAUCAAUGAGCAUCUUGAUUCCUGCCUCUCCUGAAUGAGGAGGAGCUGAUUCUAGACACUGACAGGGAUGUGGCAAUGCAGCCCAACUUUAAAAAUGUUCAGGGAGAGUUUGCUGUGUUGAGUUUUAGUGAUUUGAUCUGACGUUGGACCAGAUCUCCCUUUUUUAAGUUUCUCAAUUUUUAGAUGUUGGAUUUUAGGGAAAUGACUCCACUUUUGAUUUGAAAAGAAUGGUUGGACACCGUUUUACCACCAGAUUGGAUUGACUACCUUACUGUAAUAAUGACAAUUCUUCUCUCACUAGUGCCUGUCUGACAGUUUGUGCCCGAGUGUACCAGAGAACAGCAGGGUUUAACAGAUAAUGUAAGUCAUUCCCUUUUUAGGCUUAAAUUAAUGAUGUCUUUUUCAUCGGGGCAAAACACUCAAAGAUUCCAGUAAAUCCUGUCUGGUGGCGAGGACAAGUCUGUGUAUUGUACCAGUAACUGAAGCAUUCUUGUUUUAACUUUUGUUGAAUAUUUUAAGGAUGACAUUAGAGCUGCAACGAUUAAUCGAUUAGUUGUCAACUUUUAAAUUAAUCGCCAACUUUUUUGAUAAUCGAUUA